AUGCCGUUUGGGCAGUUAUUGAUUGGGCCGCCGGGCAGCGGCAAGACCACGUUUUGUAACGGCGUGCAGCAGUACUUGCGCGCGGCGCGACGCCAUGUCGUGCUGCUCAACCUGGACCCUGCGAAUGAUGUGCUGCCCUACGAGCCUGAUAUUGAUGUGUGUGACCUAGUUUGCCUGGAGCAGGUCAUGGCGGAGCUUGGCCUAGGGCCAAACGGAGGCCUCGUGUACUGCAUCGAGUACCUGGAGAAAAAUGUUGACUGGCUGCUGGAGAAGCUGCAGCCGUACGAGGAAGCCGGAGCCUACAUUGUAAUCGACUGCCCUGGCCAGGUGGAGCUCUUCACGCAGCACGGCAGCCUGCGGCGCGUCCUAGACCUGCUCUCCAAGCAGCGGGGCUACCGGCUGGCUGCGGUGCAUCUCGUGGACGCCCACCUCUGCACUGAGCCCUCAAAGUACAUCGCCGCGCUGCUGCUGUCGCUGAGUGCGAUGCUGCACCUUGAGCUGCCCCACGUCAACGUGCUCUCCAAGGUCGACCUCAUCCGCCAGUAUGGAAGGCUGGACUUUUCGCUAGACUUUUACACAGAGGUGCAGGACCUGUCAUACCUGGUACGCGGCAUGGGCAACGACCGCUUCGGCGCCAAGCACAGGAAGCUGAGCCGUGAGCUGUGUGAGCUGGUGCAGGACUUUGGGCUGGUCAGCUUCCUACCACUCGCCAUUGAGGUGUGA